ACACAGCACAACACUCACACACACUCAGUAGGUGGCUCAAAGUGCAGGUUGGGGUGCAGUGACCGAUAGUUUGGGUCCCAAACACCACUAAGAGACUUAGUCGCGAACGCACUCUGGAUUUCCAUCCAGUAGAAUAUCUACAGGCUGUGAUGAAGGAGGCUGUGGAGCCCGGGUCCGUCCAGGGGUCUGUUGUCAUGACUACGGAAUAUCAGGACGACUUCCAAAAUACAGACACCAGCGACAACCGAGCCUUCUGGACCAGAGAGCCAGAGUCCAGGUUAGGCCUCGUGCCCCGAUCAGGCAGAGGGAGAUGGAUGUGGGCGGGGCCUGUUCUGUCUGCUUUCUUCCUAUUGGCUCUGAUCAUCUUUGUCUCCGUCAGCAAUAGGAAGACUGACAGCAGGUUCUCGUCAGUAGAAAAGUCUGUUGGCAACCUGAGUUCAGCUGUUCAGACAGUCACCACCACUCUACAACAGAGCAAGGCCUCAGAGGCGGAGUUGCAGAAGGAGAUUGUAAGGCAGAAGAUCACCAUGGAAAUGACAGAACGAAAGCUGGAUUCAGUGUCUGAGUCGGUGAAGGAAUUGGAUCAGGUGGAGUCUCUUCGUUCUGCUGUAGCCGUAUUGAAGUGUUCCAUAAACAGAGUCCUGCACAAUGUCACAGCGUCAGGGUGCUGUCCACUAGGCUGGGUGUUGUCUGGUUCCUCCUCCUGCUACUUCUUCUCCUCUGACGGGUUGCCAUGGAACCAGGCUAGAGAUUUCUGCACUAACUACAACGCCCAUCUGGCUGUACUGAAGACUAAACAGGACUGGGACUUUGUGACAGGCGGUACCAAGCCGCUGUUCUUCUGGAUUGGACUGUCAGAUGAGAGAACAGGAGACUGGGAGUGGGUGGAUGGAUCACCUUACAUCAUGGACCGCAGCCAGUGGAAGCCGGGCCAGCCUGAUAACUGGAAAGGUCAUGGCCUGGGCGGGACAGAGGACUGUGCGAUGAUACACGCCAACGGACAACUGAAUGAUGAUCACUGUUCCCGUAGUUACCGCUACGUCUGUCAGGGACACACACUCACACACACAUAACUCACACACACACACACUCACACACUGACACACACAUAACUCAUACACACACACUGAUACACACACAACUCACACA